UUUUUGAGGAUAGUAGUGAGGGCAGUGAGACUGGGAGGGAAGAUGAUUUUUCUUCAAGUGAUGGGAGUGAGAUUGACAUAACUUGGGAGCCUGGAGAGGAGGAGUAUGACAGUGGGGAUGAGAGGUGGUUUGUGCAGAAUUCUGAAGAAAUUUUAGCUAAGGUAACAAGAAGUCUUGGGAAGCAGUUUGAUGUACAUGAUGAGGGGGUUUCCAAGGAUCCAAAGGCAAGGUUGACAGAUAACUUGGAUGUGAAUGAGGUACAACUACAAGAAGAAAUUGAGGGAGAAUCAGAUGACCUAAGGAGCUUGGAUGGUUCAUCUGAUGAAGAGGACAAAAGUCCAUGGUUUAAUGACAAAUCUGACUUCUCAAAGCCUGUUGUACUUGUUCAUAGGCUUAGGUUUAGCAAUGCUACAGUGUUGAGGAAAGCUUUAAGAGUGCAGGCCAUACAGAAUAGGUAUGAGUACUAUUUUUUACACAAUGAUAUUACUAGGAUUACUAUUCAGUGUAGGAAUAGGUGUGGGUGCAAGUUUGACACAAAGACAAGUAGGAUGCCUUUGUGUAUAUGCAGGGGUGGAGUGAAGUGUAGUUUCAAGAUCCAUGCUACUAAGUUAAAAAGACAACAGACUUGGCAAAUAAAAACCAUGAAGUUGGAGCAUAAAUGUGUGAGAAGCAGGGAGAACAAGAAGGUCACAGCAGAGUUCAUUGCUGAGAGGUAUCUUGAGGAUUUCAGAACUAACCCAUCAUGGAAGGUUAAGCAAAUCAAGGAUAGGGUGCUUCAUGACUUGGGGGUAGAAGUGACCUACUACAGGGCUUGGAUGGCAAGAUGUAGAGCUAAGUUGAUCAUUUUUGGUUCAACAAGAGAGCAAUAUGCUAGGGUAUGGGAUUAUGGGAAGGUUGUACUGAAAUACAACCCUGGGUCUGGUUGUAAUGUUGUGAUUGAUGGCAUUGAAAAGCCUGAGCCUCCCUUGUUUAUGAGGAUGUUUAUUUGUUUAAGGCCUUUGAAGGAUGGGUUCUUGAAGGGUUGUAGGCCAAUUAUAGGGGUGGAUGGCUGCCACUUGAAAGGAGGUUAUCCAGGCCAGAUUUUAGUUGCAGUCUCCAAGGAUGGGAACAACAGCAUUUACCCCAUUGCUUGGGCAACUUGUGAGGUUGAAAACAGGGAGACUUGGGUCUGGUUUCUGGAAUCCUUGAUGCAAUGCAUUGGAAGUGCAGAUGGGGCAGGCUUCACCUUCAUGUCAGACAGGCAGAAGGGACUGGUUGAAGCUCUGUCUGAAGUUGUGCCUAAUGCAGAGACUAGGUUCUGUGUUAGGCACAUUUGGGCAAAUUUCAAGUUGAAGUUCACUGGAUCAGUUUUCAAAGAGCUCUUUUGGAGUGCUGCAAGAGCAACAACAUUUGUUGAGUUUCAGAUAGCCAUGCAACAGAUUAGGGAGCUUGAUGAGGAUGCUUACAAUUAUUUGGAGAACAUCCCCACUCAUCACUGGUGCAGACAUGCAUUCAGUGACAGUUGCAGGUCCAACAUGUUACUAAACAACAUGUGUGAGACUUUCAACUCUGUUAUCAGAGAUGCAAGAGACAAACCUAUCCUCACCCAAAUGGAAUGGAUGAGGAGGUACAUGAUGAGGAGAAAUAAUGAGAAGUGGGAGGACUCCAAGGAAAUCACAACCAACAUCACUCCAUAUGUGCAUAAGCUAUUUCAGAGGAUGAGCUAUGUGGCUAGGAAUUGCAUAAUUGAAGCUGCCAGGGAUGACACUUAUGAAGUGCAGCUGAAUGAUGACCAGUUUCUAGUUGACUUGCCAAAUUGGUCUUGUUCCUGCAAUCACUGGCAAUUAACAGGCAUCCCAUGUAUUCAUGCAUUUGCAUGCAUAAUGGAUCAGAGGGUUGAUGCUGAGCAGUUUGUCCACCCCUAUUACACUAUGGACACUUACAGAGCAGCAUAUGAGCCUGCAAUUCAACCUAUGCCAGGCCCAAAGCAUUGGGAGAGAGUGAACAUGAGAGAGCCUCAUCCACCAGCAUUCAAACAGCAGCCUGGAAGACCUAAACAGAAGAAGAGGAAGCUGGAACCUGGGGAGGGAACAUCUGCAACAGGAGGGGAGCAGGGAAGAAAGAGGAGGAAAAGUCAGUGUAGGAUUUGUGGUGGAUUUGGCCACUAUCCCAAGACUUGCAAGGGCCCACAUGAACCUGAACCAACUGAGCAGAGAACUGCAGGAAGGCCUCCUUUAAAUUCACCUUGGGUAGUUGAGCAAAGGAAGAAGAGGGAGAUCAAAGCUGCUAAGAAGAGUGCAAUAAGGGCUGGUCCAAACAACAUUGGGAAUAGGACUUUUCCCCAAGAGCAACCUGGCUGUGAACCAUUGAGUAAGAGGAAAGGUUCACACAGUCAACAAGGGCAGCCACAAGCCAAGCAUCACACCACCCCCUCUUCCAGCCAACCUGAACCCAAUGCUACUAGAGUGCAGACAAGGAGGGCUAAGCUGCUGACUUCCAGACAAGGAGGGCUGACACAAUGAUGUUUGAAUUGUUUUUCUGAACUUUAGUUGUUGGUUGUAUUUUCUGAACAAUCAGUUGCAAUAUUUGUAGCUUUACUUUUGGGUAUAGGACAAGGAUCCUGUUUUGUUAAAUUAAUACUUUGCUUUAAGGCUUUACCAGCCAAUUUUGUUAGGCACUGCAACAACAAAUUUGAUCAACAACUUAAAUGCAAUAUC